GGGGCCAGGAGGAGAAGGGGAACUGGGAAGUCAGUGAGGCAGAAGGAGGCCAGGAGAAAUAGCAACUCGUCUUGGAUGCCCUCAGCUGGUGGUGCCGUGCCUCAGUGCUGAAGUGAUCAGGAGAGAGUUACAUUUGAGCUCAGGGUUGUGCCCUCAGGUAGCUGUAUAAUCUCUUCACUCAGUCUCCUCUCUUCAAAGAUUGGAAAACCGCAGCCUCGUCUGGGUGAUCAUGAAGAUUAUAGUAAAAUGAAGACUGAAGUUCCGCACAGCUCCUGCCCCAUGCUCUGGUGCAGGAACCAGAAGCAGUGAGGGCUAUCACAUCCAGGUGCUGUUACUCUAUCACACUGCCGAGGAAUGAAGUGCUGGUACCAAGCUCAGGGUCUGCAUGAGCGCAGGACUUCUCUGACUACAGAGUCCUGGGAGCCUAGCAGGAAAAGGUGACUCAGAGGGCAGUUGGUGAAGACAGAUUAAGGAGGAUGGAGCCUAGAAGAGCCCGCUGAUUCUGUGCUUAGGGGGUGAUGGCCUUCCGAUGACAGUUCUAAGAGCGUGGUGGCCCUGCUCAGCGCUGCACACCACCUACCUUAGCCGAGGCGGCCACCCUCCUGGGUCAUCAAUUGCUCUGGAACAACCUUGACUAUGAGUAACCAACAUUUGAUAAAUGAUAAACCAAGAAAGGGGCUUUGGAUCUUGGCAAUUCUAACAGUUCCCAUAUAUUUCACAGCAGCUAAAGGUAAAUCAUCAUGGGGCCAGGAAAAUGAAGCUUUACUUGUGAGAUGUCCAAAACAAGGAGGAUCCCGUUACCCUGUGGACUGGUAUUACAUGAAGACAAAUGAAAACAUUCCUACCCAGAAAAGAAAUAGAGUCUUUGCUUCGGGGGAGUGGCUUAAGUUUCUCCCAGCCAAAGUGGGCGAUUCUGGAAUUUAUACUUGUGUUAUCAGAAGUCCCACUUGGAAUAAGACUAGACAUACAAAUGUCACCAUCUAUAAAAGACCAACAGACUGUCACAUUCCAGAUUAUUUGAUGUACUCAACAGUAUCUGGAUCAGAAAGAAAUUCCAGAAUAUAUUGUCCCACAAUUGACCUCUACAACUGGACAGCACCUCUUAAGUGGUUUAAGAACUGUAAAGCUCUUCAUGGAUCAAGGUACAGGACACACAGGUCAUAUUUGUUCAUUGACAAUGUGGGGCGUGAUGAUGAAGGUGAUUACACGUGUAAAUUUACACAUACUGAAAGUGGAGUCAAUUAUAGUGUGACAGCAACCAGAUCAUUCACCGUUAAAGAUAAGCCAGGAGUUUCUGUGUUUCCAGUGAUUGUGACCCCUUCAUAUAAUGAAACAAAGGAAGUGGAAAUUGGAAAGGCAGCAAACAUCACCUGCAUAGCUUGCUUUGGGAGUGGGAUUCAGUCCUUCAUUGCUGUCCUGUGGCAGGUGAAUGGAAGCAAUGUCAAGGACCUGGGAAUAGCAAGAAUUCAAGAGGAACAAGUGCAAAAUCGAAGUUUUAGCAAUGACACUUGUCUCAACGCCAUGUUAAGAAUAACCAAAGUGAAGGAAGAGGAUUUGUCCCUGCAGUAUGACUGUCUGGCCACGAAUUUCCAUGGGGUGAUACGGCACACCACGAGGCUGACAGAGAAAAAGCCAAUUGGUUGUCAAAGCAUCUACUACAUAGCUGCAGGAUGUAGUAUCCUGCUAAUGCUAAUCAAUCUCACUGUGAUAAUACUGAAAGUGUUCUGGAUUGAUCUUAUUCUGCUCUGGAGAGAUCUAACCAGACCUUACAAAACAAGGAAUGAUGGAAAGCUCUAUGAUGCUUAUGUUAUAUAUCCAAGGGAUGUCACACAUGGUUCAGAGGGGCUCAGCUCUGUGGAGUACUUUGUCCACCAGAUUCUGCCUGAUGUUCUUGAAAAUAAAUGUGGAUAUAACCUAUGCCUUUAUGGGAGAGAUCUGCUACCCGGAGAAGAUGUGGCCACUGCAGUGGAAGCCAGCAUCCAAAAGAGCAGGCGGCACCUGUUCAUCCUGACACCGCACGUGUCACACAGCAAGGAGUUCGCCUAUGAGCAGGAGGUGGCCCUGCACUGUGCCCUCAUCCAGAACGACUCCAAGGUGAUUCUGAUUGAGAUGGAGGCAGAGGAUGAGCCAGGCAGACUGGAGGCUGCGCCAGGCAGACUGGAGGCUGCAGGGCUUCAAGACUCCCUCAGCCACCUUGUGCAAGUACAGGGCACCAUCAAGUGGAGGGAAGACCACAUGGCCAACAAGCGGUCCUUGAACUCCAAGUUCUGGAAACAUGUGAGGUACCAAAUGCCAGUGCCAAGCAGAUCCCCCAAAGAGGCUUCCAGUGAGGUCUCCUGAGGCAGGAACAGCAGUGAUGCCCCACGGCCUGAAGGGCGUGUAGGCGACACCUCAAAAUUUGCAAGAAGGUAAUAAGAUCCUACCUUAGUUGAACCACUAAAUAAGUUAAAUGAGUCCAUAUUUACUGGCAAGAUAAAGCUGAGCUACACAAGGAAUGUGAUCUUGAACUCACUGUCAUUCAGUGCCUUUUAGAAUCCUGACUGAAAUCAUAUUUCCAGAGUGUAUCUAUAGCUACUCAUCUUUCUAAGUGCCUAUAUUCUUAAUCCACAGCCUCAGAUUGGGUUGCCAGAUGAAAGAGGACAUCAGUUAAAGUUGAAUUUGAAGCAUAGAAUUUCAUCUGAAGUUGAUCUCAAAUUCAAAUUCACCUUGCAUUUUUAUUUGCUAAAUGUAGCUACUCUCAUAGAUUGUUGUGCUUUUAUGUGGCACCAUCAGAUAUUAUUAAAAUAACAAGUAAUUGAACAAAGGACACAGCAUAUCUGGUUCCCAUCACAUGAUUUGAAAUCAAUCCAUCAAUUUAUAUUUUGGAUUCACCAUUAGUGUGGCUGUUAUGGCUUGCAUCUAUAUGUUCCCCCAAAGCCUCAUACAGUCAUAGGUGGGGCUUUGCAAAGGUGGCUGGAUCUAGCUUGUGUGAUGUUGGGAUCAAAGAUGCAUGAUUGCUAAAUUAGCCCACUGAUUGGUUUGGCAUAAUUCUGGGUAGAAUUAAGGGUGCCCCAUCCUGGGUGUGAAUGUACCCACCCUAAGGCAAGUAGCCUGAAUAAAAUAUAAGGGACAGAAAGAGGGUUGUUGCUUGUCACUUGAUGCUUUGCUGCCUUCUGCCUACCAUAAACUUUUUCUCCUCUGUAAUGCUUCUCUGCCAUGCUACCCUGGGUUGGUGCCAGCCAACUAUGGACUGAAACCUCUACAAACUGUGAGCCAAAUAAACCUUUCCUCCUUUAACUUUGAGUGUCAGAUAUUUUGUCUCAGCAACAAGAAAAGUAACAAAGAUAGGAAGCAAUGAACCCCUUAACUUCUUCAAAGCUUGGUUUUCUUAGGUAAAAUGAGUGUAAUAAUACUAAACACUUUGAAUUUCUACGUUAAUGAAAAUACAGAAAUUCAAGCCACAGAAAAAAUUCAAUAAGUAGCAAAAUUGUAAUUAUUUAUGAAACCUCUCUGUGUUUCUUGUAAUAUUGUUUAUAUUCUGUGACUUCUUUCAAUGAAGAUCUCUAAAAGCUAAAUUCUCUCCAGUCUCAUCACUAGGAACAGAUCUGCCUUUACCCCUACCUUCCUAUCUAACUAAAGUGAUGGGUGUGUUUUUUGAUUUAUAGACCUAGGGAAUAUUGAAACUGAUUUUAUUUCCCUAUUUAUAUUAGCUACUUGAAAGUAUAAAGCUAAAUUUAGUAUCUUUGUACAGCAAAUAUAAAGGACAUGGCAACACAUAAUGGGUGAUGGUCUCUUUCAUGGUUUCAUAAUACUAAGCUCAUUGCUCUAUUACAUGUAUUCCUAAACUUACACACCACUCCACACUCUUCUGAGUUCUUUGUGACUCAGUUUGUACAGCUGAAAAGUGAGGGGAUCAAGAAGAUGAUCCUUGAUAUCCUUCUCAGCUUCAACACUUGCUCAUGAUUCCAAGCUGUGGGCUCAUAGUGAGGUCAGGGAACUGCUGGACAUCUGGAUUCUCAUGCCUGGAGCUGAAACUCCACUUGAUUACUUCCUCUGUAUGGCAUGGUAAGAGAUUCACACAAGCAACUAUGAAUAAUACAAAUUCAGCCAAAAUCUGUUGGACACAUGGUAUACAAUUAUGGUGAAAAUGCCUGUGAAUUAUAAGAACAUGAAUUAUUUUUGAGUCAUUUUGCAUAAAAUAAAACAUACAUCCUCAGUAUUCAGUCCAGUGAAUUGUGAUAGCCUAACACAACUGUGUACUGAAAACACACAACCAGACAUCAUCACUCCAGGAAGUUCCACUGUGACAUCUCACCUGGUCCCUUCUACGGGCAAACAAUGUUCUGAUUUUCAUCUGCAUGGCUGAGUCCUGUCAGUUUUCCCUGUGAAUAUUGAUAAACUUGAAUGGUAUUGUGUCUGGUUACUUGUCUAUAACAUAAAAUUUUUAAUACUGGCCCUUGUUUUUUAUGAGUCACUGGUUUCUCUGUACUCUAUUGUAU